AUGAUAGAGGAUGAACAAAAUGCGACAAAUUAUUCCCCCAAUGAAACCUAUUGUGAGGAAUUCUUUCGCCGAACUGUGAAAUGUGAUCCAGAGGGACGGUAUAUAGUGCGUCUUCCCUUUAAAGAGAACCUAAUCCAUAGUCUGGGAGAUAAUAACAAAACUGCUCUACAUCGUUUUCAGCUUCUGGAGAGACGAUUAGCUCGCAAUCCAACUCUUGGCGCGCAAUACGUGGAUUUCAUGAGUGAAUAUCAUCGACUGGGGCAUAUGGAACCGGUAACGGAGAACACAAACGAAAAGGUGCCGUCUUAUUAUAUGCCAUACCAUCCAGUCGUUCGUGAAAGUAGUACUACAACGAAGGUUCGGGUUGUAUAUGACGCAUCCUGUAAAACUAACACGGGACCUUCUCUUAACGACUGUUUGCUUGUUGGACCGAUAGUGCAGGAGGACCUACGGUCAAUAAUUAUGCGAGCACGAACUCAUGCCAUCAUGUUGAUCGCAGACGUUGAAAAGAUGUAUCACCAGAUACUAAUACAUCCAGAUGACAUUCAGUUUCAGCGAGUGUUCUGGCGUUCAUCUAUUGAUCAACCAAUCACGGCAUUUGAACUAAAGACAGUCACUUACGGGACCGCAUCGGCACCCUUUUUAGCAACACGAGUCUUAAAGCAACUUGCGACUGACGAGGCAGGACGGUUUCCGAUAGCAGCAAAGGUCGUUGAAACAGAUUUUUAUGUAGACGAUUUAUUCUCAGGAUCAGCGACAGUUGCAGAGGCAAUUGAAUUGCAGAAGCAGUUGGAUUUAAUGUUAGCAGCAGGAGGCAUGCAGCUAAGAAAGUGGGCAACAAAUAAUCAAACCGCAAUCAUGAAUGUUGUUCCAGAAAAUCGUGCAUUGCAAUCGGACGUAAACUUCGAUCGAGAUCAAACCAUAAAAACUCUUGGUCUACAUUGGGAGCCAAUGACUGACCAGCUGAAAUAUCAAAUCCACCUCAAAUUGACUCCAAAUACCAAGUUGACGAAACGGUGUGUAUUAUCCUAUAUAGCCCAAAUUUUUGACCCUUUAGGAUUGGUUGGGCCAGUUGUGGUGACUGCUAAAGCCUUUAUGCAGACAUUGUGGGCACUCGUGGAUGAAAACGGUACAGUUUGGGACUGGGACCGUGAAUUACCGACACAUUUGCACGAAUCGUGGAUGAUGUAUCAUUCAGAGCUUUCACUUCUCAAUAUGCUUCGUAUAGAUCGUUUCGUUCUGUUACCAAAGGCGAUUGAAAUAGAACUGCAGCUGUUUUCCGAUGCCUCGGAAAUAGCAUACGGUAGUUGCGCCUAUUUGAGGUCGACCGAUGCUAAUGGCCAUGUAAAGGUUUCACUUCACACUUCGCGAUCAAGAGUGGCUCCCCUUAAAAAGCAAUCAAUUCCCCGGCUGGAGCUUUGCGGUGCCGCACUUUCCGCGGAGCUGUUUCAAAAAAUAAGAACAUCACUUAGAUUGCCUGCGGUAGCAUUCCUGUGGACAGAUUCUACGAUAGUACUAAGUUGGUUAAAGGGCACUCCAUCAAUGUGGACAAGGGCAAAGGAAACCGUGAUUCUAAAUUGGCUGACCACGGACGAACUUAGCAAGUAA